CGGAGCACAGUGGAGCACCUGAUCAUCCCCACGCAUUCGUAAGACGGUUCCCAGCGGCGGGUACUUAUAAUCCACUCUCUAUCUCGAAUAAUGUCCCCAUCUUUCUCUUGAGCAUUCAUCAUCUCUCGAUCAUGCCCUCCCCGCAAGUCUUCGCUGCUACAGAUGGCGCAGUGUACACAACCUCUAAUGGUGCAGCCGUAGCGCAUCCCCUUGCUGCUGAACGUGUUGGUCCUGUGGGACCCCUCCUCCUUCAGGACUUCCACCACAUCGAUCUUCUUGCUCAUUUUGACCGGGAACGGAUCCCUGAGCGUGUGGUGCACGCCAAAGGCGCUGGUGCUCACGGCUAUUUCGAGACGACCCACGAUCUCAGUGACAUCACCUCUUGCAAACUAUUCACAAACGUUGGCAAGCAAGUUCGACUAACCGCCCGUUUCUCCACUGUCGGUGGGGAAAGUGGUUCCGCUGACACGGCUCGCGAUCCCCGUGACUGGGUCUUCAACAACACACCUGUGUUCUUCAUCAGAGAUCCCGCCAAGUUCCCGCCCUUCAUUCACACCCAGAAGCGAUUACCUGUCUCAAACCCGGAAUCGGCGCAUCAAGUCAUGAUACUGUUUUCCGACCGCGGGAUACCCGACGGUUACCACAACAUGCACGGCUAUUCUGGCCAUACCUUCAAGCUCGUGAAAGAUGACGGCUCGUGGGUCUACACCCAAAUUCACUGUAUUGCUGAUGGCGGCUGCAAGGUCCUCGAUACUGCCACGGCUCGUGAUUUGUCGGCAGACAACCCCGAUCACGGUAUUCAAUCGUUGUUCGAAACCAUAGACGCUGGUAACUUCCCGUCCUGGACCGUCUACGUUAAAAACUUCCGUUACAACGUCCUGGACUUGACCAAAGUUUGGCCCCACAAGGACUACCCCUUGCGCCCCGUAGGAAAAUUCGUGCUCAACGAGAACCCGCAAAACUACUUCGCUGAAAUUGAACAGGCUGCUUUUGCGCCCAGCCAUUUGGUUCCCUACUUCGAGGCCUCUGCUGACCCCAUCCCUGUCAAUGCGCCCAUUAUCUCUGUUGCCAACUUCCAACGCGAUGGUGCUAUGGCAUUCAACAACCAGGGAGCACGCCCGAAUUAUCAGAGUUUCUAUUACACCCUUGACAUACUUGAGCAACAAGGGAUCUAUCAGGGCACACCCAGAGACUAUGAGCGAGCCAAACAACAUGAAAGCUGGGUUGGUGGAGCAUUCUGGGACUUGAGCGAGAUCACCGAACUUGACUUCGAGCAACCGCGUGCACUCUACCAAAAUGUCAUGGAUGACGCAGCCAGGGCGCGCCUGGUUUCCAACGUUGCUGGCCACCUUGGUGGUGCCAAAAGCGCUGAGGUUAAGGCCCGGACUCUUUCUUACUUUGCAUCUGUGGACCAAUCUUUGUCUGACCGCAUUGCUAAGGCUAUCGGUGCCCCCACUGCAAAGCCUUUGGCUGUCAAACCUGCGUCCGAGGCAGUUCGCUUCAGGCAUGGUGUCGGUGCUGCGCUGUAAUUUGUAAACGUCAAGGAAUUUAUUGUAGCAACCAUGGAAACAAGCUAUCACGUGUAUUGUUUUAGUAGAAUAAAAUAUUGGUGUCGCUAUCCGCAGGACGAGAAUUUGGCGACCUGCACAAACGAUAUAUCUGCAA